GUUGUGUUGCUUGUAUUAACACACAACGCAGUGAAGAAGAGACGGACUCAUCGUUAGAGGAGUUGGGCGAACGGUGAGAAAACUAAGAAGAGAGAUAGAAAAGAAAUAGAAAAGACAUAGAAUAGAAGGUGGCCAACUCGUUGUGCAGUUCAAACGAAAGAACGGACGAACGAAAGGAACGAUGAUACUCAAGAUUGGUGUUGUUACUAUAGUUCUCGUUAGACCAUACGAAGUUUCGCAAUGGAAAUCGUCGGCCGUUUCGUGACGAUUAGUCGCGUACGGUCGACCCGUCAACAAACCUAAACGGUUCUUUCACGUUACAUUAAGAAAUCGAACGAACGAAUAAAUUAACGAACAAGAUUCCUUGAAUUUUUUUAUUCUACACGAAAAUUUGUCGUUUGUUGUUGUGUUAUUCCACGUUCGCGAUACCAAUGUUCUCCAAUUGAGUUUUCAUUUUUUACACGUUCUCCGUCCCCUUUUUUCUACAUUUGGAUAAAUACGAGAUCAGUGUGUUUAUGUUUGUGUGUAUUUGUGUUUGUGUCAAAGGGGGUUUCGUUUAAUGAAUCAAUUAGUGCAACCAACUAUUUUCAUCAAGUGACUCCAACAAAAAAAUUUGUGUUCGAUUAAGAAGACUAUUAAUAUUUUGGGAUACUUAUAUCUGUAUUGGAUUUUUGUAUUUGUGAAGAAAAUGAAUUCAUCAGUGAUUUGGAAGAAAGAUUUAUGAUAAGACAAGACUUAGGGUGUUUUUUUGCUAUCGAAUUAUUUUAUAAUUUGCUUUGGAUACUUUGGUAGGAAGAAUAAGGUGAAACCCUAGUCUUAUUCUUCUCUUUAGUUUCCCGGUUAGUUAUUGUUUCGAUACUCGACGCUUUUACACGCUACUACUGCGCGUUGUGAAAACAUCAGUGUGCUCGAAGAAGAGAAAUGGGAAACCACCCGUCCGCCCACCAACCGCUCGAGAGGGCUACCAGCCAUGCUGGAAAUGGUCUUCGUCUCUCGAAACGCGAGAGAUCGCCGGGAAAAAGAAUGGACCGUUUAAGAAGAAGUUUUCGGGACAGUUUUAGACGACGAAAAGAUCCUCACGUACCGGAAUCUAGUAAACCGCAUCAAUGGCAACACGAUGAAAGUGCAGUACGUUCGGCAACUUGCGCUUUUCACGUUAAAUAUUUAGGAUGUGUCGAGGUUUUCGAGUCGAGAGGAAUGCAAGUUUGUGAAGAAGCAUUGAAGGUGCUUAGGAAUUCCAGAAGAAGGCCGGUUCGUGCAGUCCUCCAUGUUUCCGGUGAUGGAUUGCGCGUAGUCGAAGAUGAAACAAAAGGAUUGAUCGUUGAUCAAACGAUUGAAAAAGUAUCAUUUUGUGCACCAGAUAGGAAUCACGAAAAGGGUUUCAGUUAUAUUUGUAGGGAUGGUACAACCAGACGGUGGAUGUGUCAUGGAUUCUUGGCUUUAAAGGAGUCGGGUGAAAGAUUGAGUCAUGCUGUUGGAUGUGCGUUUGCUGCGUGCUUGGAGAGAAAGCAACGUAGGGACAAAGAAUGCGGUGUAACGAUGACGUUCGAUGCGAAGACGUCGACCUUUACGAGAAGUGGCAGCUUCAGGCAACCAAGUUUGACUGAAAGAUUACAGGAUACUCGGGAACGUCCUGUAGAUGUUGUUCCUCCGGUGAAGCAGGUGUACAACCCCUUCGCUAUUGAGAGACCCCAUGCCACACCUUCUAUGUUAGAACGACAGGGUUCAUUUAGGGGUUUUACUCAACUGAAUCAAGCGUCUCCAUUUAAAAGACAAUUGAGUUUACGUGUAAACGAUCUUCCUAGUAAUCUCGAACGUACACGUAGCCAUAGUCUCGAACCUACGGAUUUAUCGCGAAUGCCAUCAGCCAUAUCGCACAUCGUACCUCUAAAACCGCCAGAGUACGAAGGAUAUGACGAAGUUAGCCCAAUACCAGAAAUAUCACCAGGUGGACAGGACAGUGUUUCUGCAAUGUGUCAACAAUUAUCCCGUGGACUUUCUUUGCUAUCUAGCAGCGACGAUUAUGGACCAUUACCUUCCCAAGCAACAACUAGUUCGAUAGCGAAGCAACUAUUCAUGAACACCAAUAAUACACCUCCUGUAACGAGUAGCAAUUCAUUGGACGAUAUAAAAUUACAAAAUGGUCCAAAUUUGAACAACAACAAUAACAACAACGACAAAAACGAAGACAUAACGAAUUUGAACGACGUUAGACCAAGUUGGCAAGAAUCAUCAUCCUCACCGAUUCUAGCAGUUAAUCCUAGGCUAACGCCAGUAUUAAACAAGGCUAGUAAUUUAAGUCCUGUUCUUCCGAGGACUAGCACAGCAACACCUGUUGUUAUGAGUACUCCAGCAGCUUCGAGUGUAGGUGUGUUUGGUGGUACACCAACAGCAGCCAGUCCUGCAUUCAGCACGGCCUCUACCUCAUCACUUGGAAGUACCUCAACAGCUGUUGCAAUCAACAACAAAUCGUCAAUUUCAGUUAAUAAUUCAGUAGUCAAUAAAAUUGCAACAGUUAGGAGUACGUCACCUAACGUUAGCGUAGCGUCGUUAUCUUCAACGUUAUCGACAGCUGUCGCCACUGACGUAUCUGGGAUUUGUCCAAUUACUAUUCCUACCACUCCGGUUCAGCCAGUGUCAGCGGCAGGUAAUUUACCGAAACCAGAACAAUGGUUAGGAAGUAUAACAGGAGCUGUACCAGUAUCAACAACAACAUCUCAAGCAAUAUCAUCGUCAAUAUCUCAAUCAUCUAACAGUCCACGAAGAGCACCACUGUUACAUACAAGGGCAUUAUCACUCGGUUCGGCAGCAAUGAGUGGUCAAGUUAGCAGCAGCAGAGGCGGUGGCGGUGGACCUUCCGAUCCCUUCGAUGCCGAAUGGGCAGAAAUAGCGGCGAGAAAUUUACGACAAUCAACUACUACCAAUCCAUUUGUCGUUCCUAAUGCUACACAGGCGUUUCAGGUGCAAUUGUAGCGCCAGGAGUUCGUCAACAGCGUCGCUAAAUAUUUUCGAUCUAACACAUAGUGACGGUUGCAUGUACGCUCGCGCCUCGAUUUAACCAAUGAUCGUAGGUAUUAUACCUAAACAAAAAGGAGAAAUUAAAAGAAGAUUCUAAACGAAUUAUUAAAGAAAAAAAAAUUAAAAGAAAUAAGAAGAAGAGAAAGAAAAUAAAGAGGAUCUCAAAAAAAGGGGUUAUAUAACGGAAAAAAGUAGUAAUGAUAAUUAUCGUUAAAAUUUGUCGAGGGAAAAAAUAUUGGAGAUCUCUUUGACAACGUAACAACACCCACUAUCAUCAUCUUAGUCAUCUGAUUGUUGUUGUUGUUGUUGUUGUUACAUUGGAAUAUUAUUAUUGGUGUUACAACAAAAUUAUGAUAUUUAAUAUGAGGACGAGCGUUUAAAGGCAACGAAUUUUGCACACAAGAAUAAUGAAGAAAAUUUUGGAAGGAAGAAUUAUAGAAUUAGAAGGGACGACGAAAGGGUUACUAAUUCGGGGAGGAAGGAAUGAAUUAAAAAAAAGAAAAUAUCUUAGAGAUAAUUAUCGCUUAAUUAUUGUAGUUAGAAAACAAAGUACGCGCACAGCCUCGAUAGAAGCACGCAUUAAUGUUAGAAGGACGUUGAUGAUAAUGCUAUACGAUUAUGAUGAUAAUUAUAAUGACGAUGAUGACGAUGAUUUAUAAUGCACGCUCAAUAUAUAAAAAAAAAAAAUAUAUAUAUAAAUAUAUGGGAGAAGAAGAAGAAUGUUUAAGUGAGAAGACGAGGCGUAAAUGUGCUUUUUAAAAAUUAUAUAUAUGUAUAUACAUAGAUAUAUAUAAUACUUAUAUAUAUUAUAUUUAUUAUAUAAUAUAUUAUUUAUAUAUAUGUAUGUAUAUAUGUAUAUGUAUCUUUCGACCGUUUUGAGGAAAAGACUGUAGACGACGAUAUAUCUAUAUAUAUAAAAAAAGAGUACUUAACAGAAAAAAAUGGAAGCAGCCAUAAAUAAAUAAGACAGAGAGAAGAAAGAGAAAGAAAAUGGGUUACGUAUCUGCUAGUUGCAUAUUUAAAUGUUCAUCACAAAAUACGAGAUUAAAUAAUGAGAAAAUGAGAAAAAAAAAUAAAAA